UAUUAUGGAUGAAAACAAUAAAAUCCCCAAAUCUUCUCCCUUCCGCCUCCGCUCUGUUUAAGCUCGUGCCCGUCAGAAUUCAGCAAGCUUCAACUCGACGUCUUCUAUCGCUGACACGAGUUUUCUUACUAUGAAGAGGGCAAUGCCGUGGAGUGAUGAUGAUGAGGACUCAUCAUCAGAUGAAUCCUCAUCAUUACAUUCAGAUUCCGAGCACAAUAGUGAAACUGGAAAGAAAAAAUCAAAGGAUAAAUCUAGAGAGCAGAAAAGCAAAGCUAUUGAUUUUGAAGCUUUAAAGCGACAUGGAUUUAAAGGUGGACCUUCAGUCUUGAAGGUACCCCCACCAAAAGAAGGGGACAAGGAGCAAGAUUGGUCUUGGUCUACUGGACAGGAAAGGCGUGACAACAAAGAGGUUGAAGAAUCAUAUGAAGAAAGACAGAAAACAAGAGCUGCUAUAUCCCUUGGGGAGCAGCUUUCAACGGUUCAGACUCAGAGAGAAAAGAAGAACAUCUCCUUUUCUCAGAAGGAGAAGAGAAAAAGAGAGCUUGGUCAGGCAAGCCGAGGGAAAAAUUAUGUUGAAGAAGAGAAGAGGUUGUUGAGGGAUAGUGGUAUAUAUUCUGGUUUUGAUACUUGAUAAACGGACCUAAAUUCUCUUCAUCGUGUAUAAUGGUACUUCUUUGGGAUCCCAUGCGCUGAAAAGAUUUGGUUGGAGCCAUGGUUUCUAUCGAUACUUGAAAACUCGGGAUAAUCCAUUAUGGUUUCAAGGGAAAUUUGGAAAUGCAAUUCUUGUAGUUUUACCAUUUAGAUAGCGCACAAUUGAGAUGGC